CUUAUCCCCUUGCGGCAAAACCUUGCGCGCAACAAUGGCCGCCUCCCUCCCGACCACCGCCGCGCGCCUCGCGGCCCCGGCCUUCGCCUACCGGUCGCCCAACGCUCCCUCCGCCACCGCCCUCCCGCGUGCCGCCGCCUUCCCUGCAAUCGCCGUCGCGGCGGCGCCCCUGCGCCCGCGCCGCGCGCCGAGGCCGGUGGCGGCCCGGGCCGGGGGCGAGGAGAGGGAGACGAUACUGCUCCCCGGGUGCGACUACAACCACUGGCUGAUCGUCAUGGAGUUCCCCAAGGACCCCGCGCCCACCCGCGAGCAGAUGAUCGACACCUACCUCAACACACUCGCCACCGUCCUCGGCAGCAUGGAGGAAGCCAAGAAGAACAUGUACGCCUUCAGCACGACCACCUACACCGGGUUCCAGUGCACCGUGGACGAGGAGACGUCGGAGAAGUUCAAGGGUCUGCCUGGGGUGCUGUGGGUGCUCCCUGAUUCCUACAUCGACGUGAAGAACAAGGACUACGGAGGUGACAAGUACGUGAACGGCGAGAUAAUCCCCUGCACGUACCCGACGUACCAGCCGAAGGAGCGGAGGACGUCCAAGUACGAGAGCAGGCGGUACGAGAGGCGGAGAGAUGGGCCACCGGCGGCCAGCAGGAAACCGAGGCAGCAGGCACCAGCUCAGACUCAGACCGAGUCCGCGUCUUCGUGACGAGCUCUGCAGGCAUUUUGUCCACGUACCUACCUACCUAGAAGUAGAACAAGAGAGGAGGACGCCUAAAAUUCUGUCGCCUUGGGCACCGCGUACUGGACUGGACAGGCGGGUCGGGAUCCAUCAUCCAUCGUCAGCCAGAAAAAUUGUCGCUGUCCAAGCAGCCUGGGCAGCUUGUGUGUGUGUGUGCUGAUAAGCCUGAUAUCUUGAGCUAGCUGUGGCAGAAACUGAAAACCCUACUCUUCCCCCCGACUCCUUAGUGAGCUGUGUGAUGCCGACUGGUGUAGAGCUGUAUCGCUGAUUGCGUGAAACCGAAAUGCUGUGGCUUUAUUUAGACUGAAGUUGGCACUUCGAGCC